AUGCCUCCUGAGUCCCUCUUUCGCCACACUCUCCACUGCCCAUCUCCUCUCCCAAUUGGCUCUCCGAAUUACGAAAAUACUCUCCAUUCUACUUCAACGUUACACGACCAAAACUCUCAUUUCAUCAUUCAAGAGUUAAACCAGGAGCUCUGCUUUUCUUUGGAUGAUUACAUUGCUAACUCUGGGUUUACUUCUUUCUUUUAUAAAGAUUGCCCAGGUCCUGUUUGUUUAUCAGAUAUUGUUUCUAGUAAUAGUAAGAAGACUUUUACUUUACCUGGUUUUUUAUCUAUAGAAUGUGCUAAUGUUGUUUGUUAUACUGAUAAAGAAGUUAAGAAGAAGAUUGAAGGUUUUGAUGAAGUGGGGUUUAGGAUUUUAGGUUCUGAUUUGUGGUUUAUUAGGAGAGAAAUUGAGGGUUGGAGUGAUUAUGAGUAUUUAAAUAUGUACUCUUUUAAUGUUGUUUGUGCAAUUUUGGGGUUAAAAAGGGUGAAAGAGAGUGAUUUGAGCAAAUGGGUAAUUGUAAAUUCGCCACCAUAUGGUAUUGUCAUUGAUGUUUAUUUGAGGGACCAUAUAUUUGUACUUGUUGGGUUGUGUUUGAAAGCUGUUAUCAAGGAAGCUUCAGGCAUUGUGGAAUUGUUGAAGGGCCAAGAAUUCGAUGGGAAUUUGAAGAGUAUGAGUUUUAAUUGUCCUGUUUUGUCUCAAGCUUUGACGUGGUUAGCUUCUCAGCUUUCUGUUUUAUAUGGGCAACCGAAUGCAAAAUUAUACGCUAUUAAUAUUUUUAAGCAAUGCCUAUUAGAAAGUGUAUCACGGUUGUUGUUGUUUCCAUUAGAGCAAAAUUUGGUUGUGUCUUCUGAUUUAAAAGAAGGAGAUCAGAGUUCACAUGCUAUCCAUAGUGAGAUUACGGAUGUCAAAGUUGAAAAGCCCCUUGAAAAGGUUUCAGAGAGUGAAGCAAGCGAAAUGGUUCCUGAAUCUGUCAACAGUAAGGUGAUAUUUGUGUCCCAAGUUGCAGCAGCUGUUGCAGCACUGCAUGAGCGAUCAUUGCUUGAAGAAAAGAUUAGGGGAUUAAGGAGUUCUCAACCACUUACAAGUUAUCAGCGAAUGGCUGAGCAUGCUUAUGUGACUAAUAGAGCUGAUGAGGAGAGGAAAAAACGUCCUUAUUAUAGACCUUUAAUUGAGCAUGAUGGACUUCCUAAGAAACCGUCAUCUAACCAGGAUUCAAGUAAGAAUAAGACAAAAGAGGAAUUAUUGGCUGAAGAAAGGGAUUACAAACGCCGAAGAAUGUCAUAUCGUGGGAAGAAGUUGAAACGAACAACUUUAGAGGUUAUGAGGGAUAUAAUUGAGGAAUACAUGGAUGAAAUCAAGCAAGCAGGAGGAAUUGGUUGUUUUGUGAAGGGAGAUGAAGAGGGAGGUAUGUCUUCAUCAAGACCCCCUGCACAGGAUCUUAAUAUGAAUUUUGGGAAAAACAAUAGCAAUUUAUUUGAAGCAAACAGAGGUAGCCCAAACUAUUACAGGAAACAGUCUCACUAUGAUCGUGAUAUCAAAUCUACAACAUUUGAGGAUGCUUUGACUAGGGAUCAGGAGCUAUCAAGACGAGGCCGUCAUGGACACCAUGAAAACUAUGGUGCAGAGGAUCAUUCUAGAAGCAUGGAAAGGCACAAAAUUGAUGACCUGUCAUAUGAGAGGAAUAAUAAUCGAAGAGUGCGAGAAGAUGAUCUUACCGCCUAUGUUGAUGUACGUAGAAAAGGUUAUAGUGAUUCAGUUGAAGCAACAAGAGGUAGCCCAAAAUAUUUCCGGAAACAAUCUAAUUAUGACCGUGAUAGCAAAUCUACCGCAUUUGAGGAUGUGUUGCCUAGAGAUCAUGAGCUAUUUAAACGAGACCUUCACACAAACCGUGAAAAGCAUGGUGAAGAUUAUUAUUCUAGAAGCAUGAAAAAGCGCAGAAGUGAUGACUGGUCACAAGAGAGCAAUCAUAGAAGAGAGCGAGAAGAUGUGGAGUUGACUAGAACCAAGCAUCAUGAGAUUAGAACAUCUUCUAGCAGGUCCAGUUAUCAUGAUUACAGAUCGUCUCAUUCAUCAAGUUCUCAUCAAAGAAAAAUACAAGUCCAUGAUAAUGCAGAAUCUGUGGUACAAAAUGCAUUUGGAGAUAGAUAUGAUCCUUCAGAAUCUUCUGAUGUCAACAAAAACGAUGUCUUCAAUGGCACUAACCAUGUCAAACCAGAAUAAUUCCAUUUAUGCACUAGCAGCUGAUAGGGAAAAGGGCACUAUCCUUCUUAAUAUGAUAAACCUGCUCUAUUUCAAUUAUGGGGAUGACAAUCACAAGACAAGACCACUGCUUUUGCUGGAGAAGAUUUUCAUUCUUGUAAAGGAUUUAGGAAUGCAAAGGGAGUGUGAAGCAGAUUUAAGAAUCGGGGAGCAAUUUUCCCUUCAAGGGAAAUAAAUUGUUGUAAUUGUUCUGGUAAGGUACCACAAGUUUUGUAAGCAUCAGGGUAAGUUAGGAUUUUGCUGCACAAUCUUAUAUAGUAUAGUAUUUUUGCUAUUCUUCUGAUGUAGAAUCUGUACGGUAAUUGUUCCAGAUUGUUUAUUUGAUAUAAUAAUUUGAUUUAUGUUUAGAUA